AUUGCUGGUCGACCGACUGCGCAAAACGUUUCUUAUCAUGAUUCGUGUUCGUGUUUUUCAUGGGUUUCAAUUUGACAUGUGAGAGAAAUACCUGAAGUUUAAACCCAGUACACUCGCCUACUGCUAGGUAGCAUUACAAUGGGUUCCUCCAAAAAGCACAAAAGUGACAAGGAUAGGGAAGAGAGACGACACAAACAUAAACGCGACAAAAGAGAAGACAAGGAGAAAGACCGGUCCGAGACCAAGGACCGCAGCGAGAAGGAGCACCAGGAACGACGGGAGAAAAAGCGUCACAAACACCGCCACCGCCGGUCACGGUCACGGUCGCCAGGACACGGGGAUCGGAACGAUUCAGACAAACGAGAGAAGAAGAGAAAACAUCGGACACGGGAACGGAGCUCAAGUGGAAGCGAUGUUGGUGCUGAUAUUAUUAAGCCAACGACGAGUGUGGCACCCACAUUUGUGGACGAGGUAUUCCAGUUGGUAAAGGAAGAAAUUGACCAAGGCCAAGAAAGGUCAAAGGUGAAUGCUUCAGCAGACACUGCUGGCAGAUAUGCUGGUGCUGAUCCUAGCGUUAAAAAUGAACAGGAGAGUGGUGCUGUAAAAAGCAGUGGUGGAAGUGGUUAUGUUGAAUCACUCAGCAUCGACGACACCAACAAAAUCCGAGCCAAGCUUGGCCUUCCUCCUCUGAGUGUAGAUGGAGGAGCAAGCAAUGCAUCAGAAGGUGGAGCAGCAGCAGCCAAGAGUGAAGACCAGGAUGUACACAAACCAGCCAUCAACCUCAUGGCCAAGAAGAAGGCCGAUGAGAUGAAAGCUAAGCUGGCUUUGAUCAAAGAGAAAAGAAAGAUCAACCAGAAACUCAAAAAAGUGAAGAAAUUGGCAAAUGACAAUGAUGAGGAUAUGGACGAUGUUACUGCGUGGGUCGAACGAAGCAGGAAAGCACAGAUUGAGAAAGAUAUGGCUGCCAAAAGGGCCAAGAUGCUUGAAGAGAUGGAUGAAGAGUUUGGGAUUGGAGCACUCAUUGAGGAUCAGUUCAAACCAGUUAAGAAAGAAGAUGUUUACUCUGCAAAAGACAUCCGUGACCUGAAGGUUCUCCAUUCUGUAGGUUCCUUCCGGGAAGGCAGAAAUGUUAUAUUAACCCUUAAAGAUUCAGAUGUACUUGGAGAAGAUGAAGAUGAGUUGAUGAAUGUCAACAUCAUCGACGACGAGAAAGCAGCUAAGAAUGUGGAGCUAAGGAAGAAGAAGAAGGAUUACAAACCAUAUGCUGAUGAUACUAUUGAUGAAUAUGGAAUCGUAAAAGCCACCAACGUCUUGGGCAAGUAUGAUGAAGAGAUUGAAGGGGCCAAGGUGGAAUCAUUUAGGCUGGGCGGUUCUAACGCUGCGUACGAAGAUGAAGAGAAGCGGCUGGAGAGAAUACGAGCAAACCUUCAAGCUCAAGCUGUGACUCUAGAAUUCAAAGCGCCAACUAUAGCGAGUGAGUACUACACUUCGGCUGAGAUGGAAGCCUUUAAAAAACCCAGGAAGAAGAAACGAAAGAUCAAGAGGAAGUUCACCGUCGAUGACCUGACCCCGGACGAUAACGACGCAUUUGACGAUCACGGAUCACGAGGGAGGAGCAGACACCGCCCAUCGGAUGAUUCCAUUCCAGACAGUAGGGAGAGCAGGUCUAUCGAGGGGCAAUAUCAGGAGUCUGUAGAUAUGGAUGUGGACCUACCGGAUGUAGAUGGAACUGCGAUCAUGAUGGGACCAGAUGAGAAUGAGUAUGAUCUCGGGCCGCCCAUUGAGGAUGAAGCGGAACUGGAGCUUCAGAAUGUGCUCUCCAAGGCACGUAAACUCAAACAGAAGAAGAAGAAGAGUCAGCUCAAGGUGGAAGAAAAGAUUGCGGAAGAGGUAUCCAAGAUUAAGGAAGAACAACUGGAGCUGCAAGCUGCAGUCCCAGAGCAGGUACAGCAAUCCCUCCUGAGCAUGCCUGGACCACCAUCAUCCUUGAAGGGACUUAACAUCACCCUCAAUUCAACAUCAGAGUUCUGCCGUACUCUGGGAGAAAUCCCAACCUAUGGAAAGGCAGGUAAUCGUGAAGAUGAUGAGGAAGAGAUGGUGGACAUUGAUCAAGAUGUGAGGGAUGCUGAGGACAUGGAAGAGGAUGGAGGACAGGACGGAUGGAAUACCGUCAAUCUGGAGCAGGAGGACGAUAAGUUACCUGGGGACAUCGCUGGGCCCGUCCUUGAGGAAGAACCCACUGUACAGACCGGUAUCGCUGGAGCUCUUAGUCUAGCCAUGAAGAAGGGUUACUUGGAGCAAGAGUUCAUCAAAACGGCCCACAAAUCUAAGAAGGGAGAAGACCUAGAAGCCAAGAACUUCACUGUGGAGGAUAAGAACUACAAUGAUAUUGAUUCCAAGUACAACAAGCAUGAUCGGUACCGCGGCCCCCUGGCUGAAUUCAAAGAGAAGGAGACUUACAAACCUGACGUCAAGCUGAGAUACCAUGACGACCACGGACGAGAGAUCAAUCAGAAAGAGGCAUUCCGUCUUCUCUCACAUCGUUUCCAUGGCAAAGGAUCGGGCAAAAUGAAGACUGAUAAAAGAGCGAAGAAACUAUUGGAGGAAGAGGCCAUGAAGAAGAUGUCGUCCACAGACACUCCUCUGAACACCGUCUCCAUGAUGAAGCUGAAACAGAAACAGACUCAAUCUCCGUUCAUCCUUCUCAGUGGAGGAUCCAAGAGCUUGACAGCAAAUACAUUAGCAAAAUAGAACCUUUGCAAAGGACAUUGGGCUGUAACACCAGAGACACUGCAGGCCAUUGGGAACAACAGCCAAGCGGACAUCCAUGUACCAGAUCUGCUAAUCCUAGCAAUGCUUUUUAUUCCCUAUAUGAGGUAUUCCCAAAACAAGGUAUCCCCUGUACGGGGUAUCUCUAGUACAAUCCCAUAUUUACAUGUAUUUCUCUACUUCUUAAUUUGUUUUAAUUUCCAGUUCUCUUACACAGUAAUUAUAUUUUGCAUUCAAUAUUUGUCUCAGUGGAGCUGACAGUUCAGCAAAUUAUAAAUGAUUGACUUCUUUGUUUAGAAAAAGAACACACGGCAAGUCAGAAUUGAUGGAUGGAUAGCAUUUUGUCACAAAAUUAUCAUAUUUUUGAUACUGGCUAUGCUGUUUUCCGAUGGUGAAUGACUCCAGAUGGGCAAGGCCUGGAACCAUUGCAAAUUCAUUUGCAAUUGUGUCCGGUGUUAACCAACCUCUUACAUAACUACACGCAAAUGCAUGCCUGGAACUAUGUGACCAAGCAACUGCCUUUACACAUGUAGUUUGAGGAAUUGAAAUUUUAAGAAUCAACUUGUGACUCCUUGUACCAGACAUUAAAUCUAACUCACAAAUGGCUUCUUUUGCUUUGUCAAAGCAAGUUGAAGGUCCACUCAAACUUUGUCUUCAAGAGAAAGGUCUUUUUGUGUACAUAAAAAGAAUUGGGCCGAUUCCCUUCAAAGAUCAGUACAGAGAAACAAGGCUGCCGAAUAGUCAUGGCCUUUAAAAGGAAGAUUUUUUAUGUAGGUUUAUGACUGAACAUAAUAAAAUAUACAAAAAAUACAAAA